CACCUGCUCGUACACAUCAUUCUGAGCCGCAGGAGACGGGAACUGCUUGAAUACAACAAACAUUCGGACCAGGAUUCAUUCCAAGAGGGCGGAUUUGGACUCAAAAUGUCAUCUGUCAAAGACAAGAGAAAAGAAUAUCUGACUGUGAAGGAUUUACAGAAGGUUUUGGACUCAUGCAAACUACAUCUUAAUCAAGUUGACGAGGUCUGGCCAAACAUAUACAUUGGGAACGUGGCAGUAGCCCAAAACAAGGCUGCCUUGCUGAAAUUAGGUAUAACUCAUGUAUUAAACGCUGCCCACUCCAAGCGAGGCAGCGUAGGGAACCAAAGCUUUUAUGGCAACGACUUUGUGUAUUGUGGCAUUCCAGCAGAUGACUCGACACACUUUGAUCUGGAUGUUUACUUCCAGCCUGCAGCUGAUUUCAUUCAUAAAGCUCUGAAGUCGCCUGAUGGGAAAGUUCUGGUGCACUGCAUCAUGGGAAUGAGCCGGUCCUCGACACUGGUGUUGGCGUACCUCAUGAUCUACCGUCAGCUCUCGCUCAAACGGGCUCUGCAGAAGCUGAUCCAGAAGAGAGCCAUCUACCCCAACAGGAACUUUCUGGCUUUGCUGUUGGAUCUGGAUCUCCAGCUGACAAAGAGAAAAAAGAAAACGUGUCAGAUCUUGUAAUCGUAAGAUGAAGUUUACAGUUCUUUAGCCACACGUGAGCGUGGUGUCUGUAGGGAUGAGGAUAGCGCAGCCCAUCAAUCCAAGACUGACAUGUGUCUACAGGAAACUAAAAACCUGGUUCAUCUAAUGACCGAAUUACAGUUUGCACUUCCUGUUAACAUGUUAAAUAUAUUGUCUACUCAACCCCCAGUUUUACAUGAAUAUGCUCAAUGUUAAAAAAAACAUAUUCUUAACUUUUUUUACCCUAUGAAGCAACAUGUCAGCACAUCUCGUGUUUGCAUUAACACGCCAACAUUCAAAGCAAAGCAUGACGGCCAAUUUACACAUGCAGUGGAGGUCGUCAAGUGCCGGCCAAAGUGCAUCAUGUGUGUCAGAAGUUGAGAAAUGUUUUACUUUCCAAGCAGCACAUGUUUUUUCUUUAAGCUCAAGCUCUCGGACGCGGUUGACCUGAAGAAAGUUCAACCAAAUCUGAAGAGCUGAGAUUCAAAACCAGUUUCACAACACUGUAUCAACAUGGCCUUUGCACUAGCGCCCCCCUCAGGCUGAGCUAAAUUUGACUAAUAUUCCAGUUCUGUUGUCUGGUUUGCAAUGGGCUGCAUUGUCCUCAUGGACCCACUAACAUGGCUUUCAACAUUUCUUUCUUUUUUUCUUUAUUAUUUAUCUUUUGGAAGAUUGAAAUGCUAAAAACAAAGAACGUCUUAAAAAGACAGUUUUGUUGCACAUUGAAGUUAGUUUAACCUGUAUUUAACUAUCUCAAAGAUUGAGAUAGAUCGGUUACAAAUUCAGUUAUGUAAUACGUAAAACAUAUGUACACGAGGAAAACAAAACCAAUUCUGUGAAAACGGCUACAAUUUUCGUUUAGUCGAAUCUCAACGUAAUGUGAAACGAACACAGAGACAGUGAGAGCUCUGGAGAUGUUCAGAUUGUAUGACUAUGUCUUCAGUUAUAUCAUAAUUGUAAGAUUUGCCUUUUAUUUUUCCAACCACUUCAGUUUUUAUCCCCGCAGAAUGGACCAAAUCUCUAAACACAAAGGAUAAUAUUUUAGCAGAAAACAGAAAAAAAUGUUAUUCUCUGCAAGAGAAUGUUCAAAGUCAGAAUGGGAAUCAAACUGCAUUAUACAGUGUUUCUUUGGUGUAUUUGUCCUGCUAUCUGAGCCACUCACUACUGUGCAUCAAAGGCGUCUGGUUUUAUUUUCUAUAGAGGAAUUACUGAUGACAAGCACAGAGAGGAACAAACAUGUUUAUAUCAGACUGUGACAGCAAUUUCUACCUGUUCUAAACGAUUACAGCCUCAUUAUAUCACGCACACACACACUUUUGUCAGUAGAAUUAACAUUUAAAUGAACACAAUAAUAAUCUCUCAGAUUAUUGUCACAGAGCUAACUGUGGUGUCGCUCUGUUCAGUUUAUAUGUAACGAUUUCUUCUGCGGUUGUUUUAUUUGGAUAUGGAGAAAAUGUUUACGUGGUAAAUGGAAAUGUUCAUGUAUCUACACUUGUAUAAUUGUUUUUUUCAUAUUCACUCAGUCCUCAUAUCUGCAAUGCAUCUUUUUUUUAUGUGUAAAUGUGUGUUUUUGAAUUUAUUGUCCCAUGUUCAUUAAAUGCUAUAAACCUA